CCGGAGGCGCAAGGGGCGGAGCAUGUUCGUCGAGGAGGUCAUCAUCGACGGCUUCAAGUCGUACGCGACGCGGACCGUGGUCUCUGGCUUCGACCCGCGCUUCAACGCCAUCACGGGCCUCAACGGCUCCGGGAAGAGCAACAUCCUGGACGCGAUCUGCUUCGUGCUGGGCAUCACCAACCUCUCGGCGGUCCGUGCGGCCAACCUGCAAGAACUCGUGUACAAGCAGGGCCAGGCCGGCGUGACCAAGGCGAGCGUGACCAUCGUCUUCAACAACAGCGACGCGGCCAAGAGCCCGGUGGGCUACGAGCAGUACAAGCAGAUCUCGGUCGCGCGCCAAGUCGUGCUCGGCGGCAAGAACAAGUACUUGAUCAACGGCCACACAGCGCAGGUCAGCCAGGUGCAGAACCUCUUCCACUCGGUGCAGCUCAACGUCAACAACCCGCAUUUCCUCAUCAUGCAAGGCCGCAUCACCAAGGUGCUCAACAUGAAGCCGCCCGAGAUCCUCGGCAUGAUCGAAGAGGCCGCCGGCACGCGCAUGUACGAGAACAAGAAGCAAGCCGCGCUCAAGACGAUGGCCAAGAAGGAGAAGAAGGUCGACGAGAUCAACAAGAUCCUCGCCGACGAGAUCACGCCGACGCUCGAGAAGCUCCGGAAGGAGAAGCGCAACUACAUGCAGUGGGCCGCCAACAACACGGAAGUCGAGCGCCUCACGCGCUACUGCGUCGCGUACGACUACACCAAGGCGCUGACGAUCUCGAGCAAGUCAACGUCCGAGCUCUCGGAGCUGCAGGCGUUGCUCGCGGCGGCGCAGGCGAGAAAGGCCGAGCACGCGGCAGCGAUCGACGCGCUCUCGGACGAGAUGGACGAGAUCCAGAGCACACGCGACGCGCAGCUGCAGGGCGACUUUGACGAGCUCAAGACGAAAGAAGACGCGAUCGGCCGCGACGUCGUCAAGCUGCGCACGAAGGCGACCAACCAUGCGUCGACCGUCGGCGCCGCCAAGACGACGGUGCGCACGCUGCAGGAGCAGGCGGCCGACCUCGACCACGCGAUGGCGGCGCAAGAAGCGUCGAUAUCGACCUUGAUGCAGCAAGGCGAGAGCAUCGAGGCGACGCAUGCGGCGCGCGCGCAGGCCGUCACGGACCUGAGCGGCGAGAUCCAGGCGCUCAACGCCGGCGUGAGCAGCUCGAGCUCCAAGCAGUCGCUCACGGACCAGCUCGCAACCAAGACGCGCGAGCUCCAGGCCACCAAAACCCACAUCCAGCAGCUCCAGCUUAAGCUGCAACACCACGUGACGUCGGUGGCCGCCAAGCAGGCGCAGUUGGCCAAGACCAAGAGCCAGAACAAGGCCAUCGAAGCGAGCGAAGCCGCGCUCCUGCGCGACGUGCGCAGCCUCGAAGAGCAGGUAUCGGGCCUCGAGCGCCGCUUCAACGUCGGCGCCGAGGCCGAGCUGCGCUCGAAAAAAGAGGCCUUGCAGCAGCGCGUGGGGCAGUUGCACCGCGACUUGGACGACGCGAGCGCGGGCGUCGCCGCCCGUCUGCGCUUCGACUUUGAUACGCGGGCGGUCGACCCGAGCGGCGUCCACGGCAUGAUCGCCAAGCUCUUGUCGGUGCGCGACGGCAAGCAUACGACCGCGCUCGAGAUGGCGGCCGGUGGCAAACUGUACCAGAUCGUGGUCGACAACGAGCACACGGGCCAGGAUCUGCUCACGAACGGCAACCUCCGGUCGCGCGUGACCGUCAUUCCGCUCAAUAAGAUCUCACGCCGGCCGCUGACGUCGCACCAAGUGGCGGCCGCCGAGCGCAUUGCGCGCGAGAAGCGGGGCCACGCGUGGCCGGCCCUCGACCUGAUCGAGUUUGAUGACGCGGUCGCGCCCGCGAUGGAGUACGCCUUUGGGUCGACGAUUGUCUGUGACUCGAGCGCGACCGCCGAGGCCGUCACGUUCCACCGCGACGUCCGCGCGCGCACGGUGACGUUGGAAGGCGACUCGUUUGACCCGGCGGGGACGCUCCAGGGCGGGUCGGCGCCGAGCAACAACAAUGCGAUUUUGAAGCGCGUGCACGCCGUCGCAGCCAUCGCCCGGGACCUCGAGCUCGCGCGCGCCGAGCGCAACGCUGUCGCCGACGAGCUCGACGCGAUGCGCGAUGACGCCAAGGCGUACGCCGACCUGCAGCGCAAGCUCGAACUCAAAGCGCACGAACUCUCGCUCUUGCGGCGGCAGAUUCAGGAGACGUCGUAUGCCCAGAUCCAGGCCGAGCUCGCGCGCCUCGAAGCCGACCAAGCGGCGGCGACGACGGACCUCGCGACUGCGAAUGCGUCUUUGCCGACGCUCGACGCUGCGAUCCGCGCCCUCCAGGAGGACAUUGCGUCGAUGGCGACGGGCCGCGAAGGCCGGCUCAAGGCGCUCGGCGUGCGCCUCAAGGACGCCAAGGCGUCGCUCGUCUCGGCGGCGUCGGCGCUGCAGACGCACACGCAGUCAAUCGCGGAGCUCCGGCUCGAACUCGACACGAUGCGCGACGAAAAGGCGGCGCUGCAGGAAGCGCUCGCGUCGGCCGAGACGAGCUUGGUUUCGCUGCAAAAAGAGGCGGACAAGGUGCGCAGCGCGCUCGCGGCCAUGGAAGCCAGCCUCGGCGAGGUCUCGGCGCAGCUCCAGGCGCAGCGCGCGAGCUUGGCGCAGUGCGACGAGGAGUUGAAAGGGCUCCAGGCGACGCUGGAGGCGCGCAAGAAGAGCGUGCGCGACGCAGACCUCGAGGCCAAGAAGAUCGACGUGCGCAUCGGUCGCAUGCAAAAAGACACGUCGGCCGCGACGUCGCUCGUCGAGAACCUCCAGAAGCAGCACCCGUGGAUCGCGACCGAGAAGGAGUACUUUGGCCGCGACCAGUCGGACUUUGACUUCAAGCGCAUGGAGCUCGGGGCGGCCAAGGCGCGGCUCGCAGAGCUCAAGGACGCGCAGGGUUCGCUGGCCAAGAAGAUCAACAAGAAGGUGAUGGGCAUGAUUGAGAAGGCCGAGUCCGAGUACCAGAGCUUGAUGGAGAAGCGCACGAUCAUCGAGAAGGACAAGACCAAGAUCAACUCUGUCAUUACGGAGCUCGACACGAAGAAGAACGAGGCGCUCGAAAUCACGUGGCAGAAGGUCAACAAGGACUUUGGCUCGAUCUUUGCGACGCUCUUGCCGGGCACGAGCGCCAAGCUCGACCCGCCGGCCGACGGCUCGAUCCUCGACGGUCUCCAGGUCAAGGUGGCGUUUGGCGGCGUCUGGAAGGAGAGUCUUACGGAGCUCAGCGGCGGCCAGCGCUCGCUCCUCGCGCUUUCGCUCAUUCUGUCGCUCCUCCUCUUCAAGCCCGCGCCCAUGUACAUCCUCGACGAGGUGGACGCGGCGCUGGACCUCUCGCACACGCAGAACAUUGGGCAAAUGAUCCGGUCGCACUUCAGCCACUCGCAGUUCAUCGUCGUCUCGCUCAAGGAAGGCAUGUUCAACAACGCCAACGUGGUGUUUCAAACCAAAUUCGUCGACGGCGUCUCGACCGUCGCCCGGUCCACGCCCCACGGACGCUAAUACGUACUGCGUUGACUUCGUACUCUGUUCUCGUGGACGUUCUUGCCUGCUUUCGAGAGACGGUGCGGGCUCGAUCACGCUUGAUAGAUUGAAAGUUCGAUAUGGAUACAUGGAUGCAGAGCGACUAUAAGAAGCGGCUACGUGGCGGGCUCGGCGUCUCGGA